AUGGCGGGAGAGUCGGAGCAGGUCCGCUACUGCGCGCGCUUCUCCUAUCUGUGCCUCAAGUUCAGCCUCACCAUCUACUCCACCGUGUUCUGGUUGCUAGGAGCUUUUGUCCUAGGUGUUGGCAUUUAUGCAGAAGUUGAAAGACAAAAAUAUAAAACCCUUGAAAGUGCCUUCUUAGCCCCAGCAAUCAUUCUAAUACUCCUGGGUAUUGUAAUGUUCGUUGUUUCCUUUGUGGGUGUGCUGGCUUCCUUAAGGGACAACUUAUGCCUUCUUCAAGCAUUUAUGUACAUCUUGGGAGUAUGUCUACUCAUUGAACUAACUGGUGGUGUUAUUGCCUUAAUUUUCAGAAAUCAGACAAUUGAUUUUUUAAAUAACAACAUCCGAAGAGGAAUUGUGAAUUACUAUGAUGACUUGGACUUCAAGAAUAUAAUGGAUUUUGUUCAAAAGGAGUUUAAGUGUUGUGGUGGAGAAGAUUUUAAAGACUGGUCCAAAAAUCAGUACCAUGACUGCUCUGCUCCAGGACCUCUAGCUUGUGGAGUUCCUUACUCUUGUUGCGUUGCAAACAAGACAGCAGUUAUCAACACCAUGUGUGGAUAUAAAACUAUUAACAAAGAGCGACUGAGUGUUCAAAAUAUUAUAUAUGUGAGAGGAUGCACCAACGCAGUCCUCAUUUGGUUUAUGGACAACUACACCAUAAUGGCUGGCAUUCUGCUUGGUAUAUUGUUACCUCAGUUCCUUGGGGUGUUGCUAACUUUGCUUUACAUCACCCGAGUAGAGGAUAUCAUUGCUGAGCACAAGUCUGACGAAGCCCUGCUUGCUAGAGGGAGACAGGAAGCUGACAUUGAAUUUACUGGUGCUGGGUGCUGCAUGUGUUACCCAGGGUAAUAUCCUAUGCAAGACAGAUGUCGAACCGCCCUUUGCAUUGUGCCUUGAAUAUAAUCAAGUGGUUAAACUCAUUGUGAUUUGCAAAUGGUAGUGCUUAGGAGACAAGCCUCAGGCCUGUGGAUAUGAUUAAUUGGAAGCACUUCAGUUUUGAGCAUUCUUUAUCACUGGAUCUUGUCUUGAAAUGUCUUGUCUUCUGUGGUAUCUAAACAGUAAACAGCAUAACUAAUCCAGUAGAAAAAAUGUACAGUACCGUUUGUAGAAAAAAUGACUGUACAAGGGAUCUGUAAAGAUAAAAUCUGAACUUUAUUUCAAGCUAUUUUUUCUAGUCAUUUUUAGAAAAUGGCAAGUUACCAAUGCAGGAAAUGAAUUCACAGAACACCUUGGCUGCAUUAAAAUGAUCUUGCAGCGACUUUCCUGCCUCAAAGUGAUGAUUUGACAGAAGUAGAUCCAUUUCCUAAUUUUAAUGAAGGAUACCUGCUACUGGUUUACAUUAGCUUAUUGAAUUUUUCUUUUCAAAAACUUGAAUUUCUUGCAAGCCCUAGUUGUUACAUUUUUAUUAUUUUCAAGCUGUUGCCCCCAGUGUAAGGCACAUUUUUUUCACAGCAGUUGUAGGACAUUGCAAAAGACAUUUGGAAGAAUGUUCAAAUGUAGAUUUUUGUGUGGAAGCCUUAAUACUGAACCUUUCAAGGUUUUUUUUUACUCUUCAGAUUGUAUCUUCAUAUUGAUUCCUAACCAAUGAAGUCUUUUAGGGUAGUUCAAGGAAAUGAUCUCCAUUACGUACCUGUUCAGUCAUAUUUUUAUGCUGCUUCAGAUGGGCUAAUUAACACUGUCUGGAAGUCUUGGGGACUCUUUUGUGCCUUUCUAAUAAAAGCCACUGUCUGACUCAAGUCAGGUCAUGAUUGUUUUGUUGCCAGUUUUAAAAAAAAUCAAUGUAUUACUGUACAUAUUUUUGUAUACUUGUAUUUGCUGCCCCUGAUUAAUUUGAGCCCUGGAUGUAUUGCACUGUAUUUGUCUCCUUUUGUCCACUGAUUGGAGUCUUUCUUUGUACAGGUGUGCCUUGAAAA